AGUGGAGGAAGAAGAGGCGGGCAAGUUUUGGUUACCGCUUACCGCUUUCUGCGCUUCGCUCUUCCAGCGCUCGUUUGGUCGCUGGGAAGACAACAAGAGCAACGUAAGAUCGCCAUGGCGACAUCGAGCGUGUGUCCGGCGCCGAUGACGGCGACGUCGAACGGGUCGUGGGACGGGGAUAACCCGCUGCACCACUCGCUGCCGCUCAUCAUCCUCCAGAUCUGCCUCGUCCUCGUCGUCACCCGCUCCCUCGCCUUCCUCCUCCGGCCGCUUCGCCAGCCCCGCGUCGUCGCCGAGAUCAUCGGGGGGAUACUUCUUGGGCCAUCAGCGCUUGGCCGCAGCAAGAGGUUCACGGACAAUGUGUUCCCCAAGCAGGGCAUGACGGUGCUCGACACGCUGGCCAACAUCGGCCUCCUUUUCUUCCUCUUCCUGGUCGGCCUCGAGCUCGACCUUCGAUCCAUCCGUCGCACCGGCAAAGGGGCCCUGGCUAUCGCCAUCGCUGGCAUCACCCUCCCCUUCGUCCUCGGCAUCGGCACCUCCGUCGUCCUCCGACACACCAUCGUCGAGGGUGCCCGCCAAGGCCCCUUCCUCGUCUUCAUGGGCGUCGCUCUCUCCAUCACUGCCUUCCCCGUCCUCGCCCGCAUCCUCGCUGAGCUUAGGCUCCUCACCACCGACCUCGGCCGCAUGGCCAUGUCCGCCGCUGCCGUCAACGACGUGGUCGCCUGGAUCCUCCUUGCCCUCGCCAUCGCCCUCUCCGGUUCCGGCUCGCCGCUCAUAUCCCUCUGGGUCCUUCUCACCGGCAUCGGCUUCGUCGCCUGCGUGGCCAUCUUCCUUCGCCCUGUACUCGCCUGGAUGGCCCGGCGCUCGCUGGAGGGCGAGCCCGUGAAGGAGUCCUACGUUUGCGCUACACUCGCCAUUGUGCUCGCCGCCGGCUUCGUCACCGACGCCAUCGGAAUCCACGCCCUAUUCGGCGCCUUCAUGGUGGGUGUCGUCGUGCCGAAGGACGGGCCCUUCGCGGCGGUGAUCAUCGAGAAAGUGGAGGACCUUGUUUCCGGCCUCUUUCUCCCGCUCUACUUCGUCUCCAGCGGUCUCAAGACCAACGUCGCCACGAUCCGCGGCGCCCGCUCCUGGGGCCUCCUCGUCCUCGUCAUCACCAACGCCUGCCUCGGAAAGAUUGCCGGCACGGUCGUCGCGUCCCUCAUCGUCAAGAUCCCCAUUCGCGAGGCCUUCACUCUUGGCUUCCUCAUGAACACCAAGGGACUCGUCGAGCUCAUCGUCCUCAACAUCGGGAAGGACCGCAAGGUACUCAACGACGAGACGUUCGCCAUCAUGGUGCUGAUGGCACUGUUCACCACCUUCAUCACCACCCCCAUCGUCAUGGGAAUCUACAAACCGGCCCGGAGGGCGGCACCCUACAAGCACCGGACGGUCGAGAGGUCCCACGUGGACAGCGAGCUCCGCGUCCUGGCCUGCUUCCACGGCGUCCGCAACAUCCCCACCAUUAUCAACUUGGUGGAGAUCUCCCGCGGCAUCCGCCAUCGACCCCUCGCCGUGUAUGCCCUGCACCUCAUGGAGCUCUCGGAGCGCUCAUCGGCUAUCUCGAUGGUACACAAGGCCCGCCGCAACGGCCUCCCCUUCUGGAACCGGCGGGACAAUGCCGGCCACAUGGUGGUGGCUUUCGAGGCGUACCAGCAGCUCAGUGCCGUCAAUAUCCGCCCCAUGACGGCCAUCUACGACCUCGACACCAUCCACGAGGAUAUCGUCGCCAGCGCCUUGCAGAAGCGCGCCGCCCUCAUUCUUCUCCCCUUCCAUAAGAUGCAACAGCUGGACGGCACCCUCGAGUCCGUCGGCCACCCCUACCAUCUCAUCAACCAGCGCGUGCUCCGCCAUGCCCCUUGCUCCGUCGCCAUCGUCGUCGACCGCGGUCUCGGCGGCACCGCUCAGGUCUCCUCCAGCGAGGUCUCCUACACCGUCGUGGUCCUCUUCUUCGGCGGCCCGGACGACCGCGAGGCCCUCUCUUAUGGUGGGCUCAUGGCGGAGCAUCCGGGCAUCGCACUCACCGUCCUCCGCUUCCUCCCGGCCCCUGUUGAGAACGUGGACCGAAGCGCCGAAGACGAGGCGUGCAUUUCCAAGUUCCGGUCUAACUCGCAGUCGUCGGAUGGGUCUCUCACGUACGAGGAGUCGGCGGCCGCGGAUAUGGCUGGGAUCAUAGCAGCUAUCAAGAAUCUGGGACGGCGCAAUCUCUUCCUAGUGGGUCGGUCCCCGCCGGCGGUUGCCCUGGUCGAGAAGAGCGACUGCCCGGAGCUGGGCCCGGUGGGAAGCUACCUGGUCUCCGCGGAGUUCUCGACCACAGCGUCGGUGCUAAUAAUACAGCGUUACGAUCCUAGCCGGGAAACCUCCAGGCUAGUGGAGCAGGUGGAGGCGGCGGAGGUGGCCGACAUGCCUGACACACCGCUGGCUCUCGUGACCUCCGAGCGUUCUCUGCGUGCCUAAUGACAGCCAAGGUAGAAGAAGGCGAUGGGUUUCUGACUUAGUUCUUUCUCUGUGUUCCUUAUUAUAUACUUAGUUGAUUAUCUUAUCACAAGAAUCGUGAUCAUCAAAGCAAAAUAAUAAGUUCAUUAGA